AUGCCACCUAUUGAGGAAGCUGAGUUAACGCCUUUGCUGUCGCCAUCUAUUUCAAUGGAGGAGAAUGUUGAAUUAUGCUGGUUGCCUUCUGAAGAGGAAGUUAAGGAUGCAGAUGUGGUGGAGGCUACUAGGGAGUUCUUUACAGGUGCAUUGCUUUCCAAGUUUUAUGGUGCAUCAUUCAUUGUGCUGAUUCCUAAAAUCCCAGGCCCGAAGAGCUUUGAUAAAUUUAGGCUUAUUAGCCUAUGUUCAGUGGCAUAUAAGAUGUUUUCGAAGAUUUUAGUGGCUCGGUUGAAUGCAAUUUUGCCAAGGUUGGUUUUCCCGGAACAAGAGGCAUUCAUCCCAGGUCGUAGUAUUUUUGAGAACAUUUCCCUCACUCAGGAAAUGGUCCAUGGAAUGAAUAAAAAAAAUUUAGGAGGAAAUGUUAUACUGAAAAUUGACAUGGCAAAGGUGUAUGACAGGGAAAAUCUUUCGAGGCUUCUACGGAAACAAUUUGAAGAUGGUCGUAUUGGCAAGUUUUAUCACCCUAUGGGGGCUUCAAUGGUGUCGCACCUAUUAUAUGCUGAUGAUGUAUUAAUUUUUCUUAAUGGAGAGAAACGAUCUUUGCAUCGACUUGGUUCUAUAUUGGCAGUUUAUGAACGGUGGUCUGGGCAGCGUAUUAGUAGAGAGAAGUCUUCCAUUUUUGCUUCAAUCUCGAUUAGUUGUGCUCGAAGGCGGAGUUUGGUGCGUCUAACUGGUUUUGCGGAAGGACAUUUUCCUAUGACGUACUUGGGGGUGCCGUUGGUGCAAGGUCGUCUGAAAGCUUGUCAUUUGAAACAGAUGCUAGUAAAAAUUUAG